AUGCCCCCACUAAAGAAAAUUUACCAGCAAUAUUUAACAAACCAGGGGACUGUGGUAAAGCCGUAUUGGUUGCAGAGGCAGAACCACAUCAGUGCGAAGUGUCCCUACCACUGCACUGGUGAAGAAGCGAGAGUCCCUUACGCAGAAUUUCAUGGAGUCUUUGGCUUCCCAUACAAAUCAACAGCAGCUCUCCAAAACAAAUACCUUCUCUUCUACGAACUGAGGAGUUCCUCAGGCAGAGUAGUCCAAAAGGGUCAUGCUACAAGCUGUGCUGAGCAAGACAACCAUCCAGAAUCUAUGCUGUUUGAGGUAGGCAGUUAUCUGGAUGCAGUUACAGAUGCCCAUGAAAAUGUCGGAUGCAUCAUCCUCUAUUCAAAUUUCUUGCCUUGUAACGAGGCCUACCACUGCUGCAUAAGCAACAUCUACAACUUCUUGCUGAAGUAUCCAGAGAUCACACUCUGCAUUUAUUUCUCUCAGCUUUAUCACACCCAGGACACUUUCUGCGCCACCACAUGGAACCGCAAAGCUUUGCAGAGCUUCUCCAGCGAGAACCCUAGAGAUCAGCAAAAUCCCCCUCAAUUCAACAUCUUCACAGGAAUGUAACUGUAUUUUAGGAAAGCCUUUCCACAAGCAAUGUGGGGAAAUCCUGCUGUGCAGCAGAACCUAAAGGCCUUUUUUCCUCCUAGCCUGGCCUCCCAACAGCCUUGCCAAGGGUCUCAAAGCCACUUGGUGCUUUCCCCAGGUAUGUUUCGACCCUUUCAGCGGGAACAUCUAUAGCCCAGACCUAAAAAUAUCAUAAGGCAUUUAAAAAUGCCAAAAGAAAUAAUUCAAUGA